GUGCCGUAACGGCCAAAUGGGUGUUAUCAUCAUCAACAAAAACAGUCCGCACAACGCACGCACUUACUUCAGUUGGAGCCACUGCUCUGUGCGGCUGACAAGCGUCCACUCGUUCUCUCCGAGCUCCGCUUUGACUCCCACCAGUUGACGAAAUUUAAUUGAGGAGUGUUUUCGUGUACGAGGUCGGAGCCCAGCCCCUUGUUCCGACCAGUUGCUGGCCGGCCUCAAUUAACGCCGCCCCAAGUCCCCCUGAUUUAUGCUGUCUUGUUUCCCUGAAAUUUUCCAUCAACCCAGUAAUUUUUGCUCAAUUUAUUGAUGUCUUGUCCAUUUUGGAGUGAUUCGUGUCGGAAAUUGCUUCGUUUUCCUGACUAACUGACCCUGUUUAUGGUUAUUUUCUCGAAGCAAGGAUAACAGGCUUGUUUUCUUGAUUUGUUAAGCUUCCACCAGCUCACCCGGGGACAUCUGAGUUUAUAGCAAAUGACUCAAUGCGGAUGUGUUUCUGCUGCAAACUUGAGCUUGAAAUUGAACAACACAGUAAAGACUAGGGAUGCCCAAUGCACUUUUACAUGUGACCUCAAAUUGGGUUCUCAGUGUUUCUCUGGCAGUGAAUUCAUGGGCACUAGCUUGAGGACUGCUUAUAAUCGGAUCUCUAAUGAGAGAUCGUCAAGAGAUAUUUAUAAUUUGCAGGUGCGGUGCAUUGACUAUCCAAGGCCUGACCUUGAGAAUACUGUCAACUUUUUGGAGGCAGCACAGUUAUCUUCUACCUUUCGGUCUGCUCCGCGUCCGGAGAGACCAUUGAAGGUUGUUAUUGCUGGAGCAGGUUUGGCUGGUUUAUCUACUGCAAAAUAUUUGGCAGAUGCUGGACAUCAACCUUUACUAUUGGAAGCAAGGGAUGUUUUAGGUGGAAAGGUCGCAGCAUGGAAAGAUGAAGAUGGAGAUUGGUAUGAAACUGGAUUACAUAUAUUCUUUGGGGCCUACCCAAAUAUGCAGAACUUGUUUGGGGAGCUGGGAAUCAAUGAUCGAUUGCAGUGGAAGGAACACUCAAUGAUUUUUGCAAUGCCCAACAAGCCGGGAGAAUUUAGCCGGUUUGAUUUCCCUGAAGUUCUGCCAGCACCAUUAAAUGGAAUAUGGGCCAUUUUAAGGAAUAAUGAGAUGCUGACUUGGCCGGAGAAAGUGAAAUUUGCCAUUGGGCUCUUGCCUGCAAUUGUUGGUGGACAGCCUUAUGUUGAGGCUCAAGAUGGUUUGACAGUCAAAGAAUGGAUGAAAAAGCAGGGUGUGCCUGAACGUGUAACACAUGAAGUGUUCAUUGCCAUGUCCAAGGCAUUGAACUUCAUCAACCCAGAUGAACUUUCUAUGCAGUGCAUACUUAUUGCUCUUAAUCGGUUUCUGCAGGAGAAGCAUGGUUCCAAGAUGGCCUUUUUAGAUGGUAAUCCACCUGAGAGACUGUGUGCACCAAUUGUUGAUCAUGUACGAUCUCUAGGUGGAGAAGUCAAGCUGAAUUCAAGAAUAAAUAGAAUUGAGCUGAAUCCUGAUGGAACAGUGAAAGGCUUUUUGCUUAGUAAUGGGAGUAUGGUUGAAGGAGAUGCAUAUGUCUUUGCAACUCCAGUUGAUAUACUUAAGCUUCAACUGCCAGAAAGCUGGAAAGAGAUUCCAUACUUCAAAAAAUUGGAUAAAUUAGUUGGGGUUCCUGUCAUAAAUGUUCACAUAUGGUUUGACAGGAAGCUGAGGAACGCAUACGAUCACCUACUCUUUAGCAGGAGUUCCCUCCUGAGCGUGUACGCGGACAUGUCUGUUACUUGCAAGGAAUAUUAUAACCCGAACCAGUCCAUGCUUGAGUUGGUCUUUGCGCCGGCUGAAGAAUGGAUUUCACGUAGCGACCAAGAAAUCAUUGAUGCUACCAUGAGGGAGCUUGCCAAACUUUUUCCUGAUGAAAUCUCCGCUGAUCAAAGCAAAGCAAAGAUCUUAAAGUAUCAUGUCGUCAAAACACCCAGGUCUGUGUAUAAAACUGUUCCGAACUGUGAACCAUGCCGUCCCCUGCAAAAAUCUCCAAUUGAGGGAUUCUACUUGGCUGGUGAUUACACAAAGCAAAAGUAUUUGGCUUCCAUGGAGGGAGCAGUUCUCUCCGGGAAGCUCUGUGCACAGGCCAUCAUAAAGGAUUAUGAACUUCUUGUGACUCGAGGACAGAAGAGUUAUGCAGAAGCUUCCAUCUGUUGACACGAUAUGUUUUCUCAUGUGUUGCCUGGAGAUCAUAAGCAAUUUUUUUUUAUUAUACCAAUUUCUAUCCAGCUGGGGGCAUGAUAUAAUCUUACAAGUAUACUUGUUUUUUAGUCAUUAGAUCCCUUAUAAGGCUCCGCUUAUUGUGUAGAUAGCUUCACUUUCUCUUUGUUUCCUUUUUCUAUUCUCCCUAAACAUUGAAAUAUUUUGGCACAAUAGUCUUUUUUCUUUCGGUUAGUAGAAAAGGCCAUAGUGCUAAUUAAGGGGAAGGGAAAUAAAGGGAUAAGAAAAGUGUCAUUAACAAGAAUGAAUCCAAGAAACUUUUUAAGUACGGGCGAGACUAUGCUACUAUACUAUACUAAUGUUUCGACGGUGUUUUUAUUA